AUGGACACAGAAGGCUCCAAAGAAACAUCGAGGGACGCAACAAGAACAGAAAUUACCAAGCGGAACGCCAUAGCAUCCCCAUUGCUUCGUCUGCCCGCAGAACUUCGAAGCGAGAUCAUAGAAUAUGUUCUCUGUAACAGGAAUAUUCACAUUGGAAUCCGUCGUCGACAGCCUUUGGAAGAUGGAGGCUACCCGAGGGAAGUCGGAGAUCCAGUCAAGUUGAUGCACUCCGUCUGUCUUUGCCCGCGGUCGUUCAGCGAGGCCUACCGGAUGAGUUUGCAACCAGAGUCAAAUACUAGCAAGUAUUUUGACGAGCGGGGCCAUCUCAAGCCUGAGCACAGCAAAUGCGACGACGUUUUACAAGGCUACUACACAGAUCACAAGCCUUGCAAUGCCGUGCUCCACGAUCUCCAGUGGCGAGAAUACAUGUCCUUCCCCGGCAAAGAAUGCAGAUGUCCCUUUCCCUGCAUCCAUUACUUCCAGUACCGCAAGUCGAUGAUCGAGAAGUACGGCGAGCCACCUGCAGGUCUGGAAAUCAAGUAUGCUUCCACAAAAUACAAUCUGUCUCUCCUCCAAGUCUGCAGACAGAUCCACAAAGAGGCCGCGCUCCUGCCGUACGCCAGUAACACCUUCGCAUUCCAGAAUCGUUUCGAUAUGAACUUGUUCCUUGGGACGGUCUUAUUCCAAGAACAACGCGAUGCUAUCCAAACGCUUAACGUCUGCAUCCGAUCGCCAGUGAAUCCAACCCUGCCUGCUGUUCUGCCGCCAAAUCUUAAGACGCUGGAGUGCUUUAUUGUGAGUGAUGAGGGAGACUGGUGGAAUGACAUCAGGUCUUGGAAGGGGAAAUUCUCAAGUGUUCAGGUCGUGAGCGGUUGGGAUGGGCGGAGAUCGGUGCACGAGGAACCUAGGGCUGCGAGAAGAGAGAAGGCGGAGAGAUUGGAGAGGUUUCUGAUGGAGUCGUCGUCUGCUGAGAGCGAGUGAGAGACUGGGUCGCGCCUUCCCCUUUCACAUGCGCUUGCCGCGGGGCCAAAGUAAACACAGCGGAAGAAGCCGCCACUCAAAAAUCGUGCCUUUCGACUCACUUCCGCCAACUUCACUUCGAACUUCCUCCCAACUUCCACACCUACACGAAACAACAAUUCCAUCAAAGCCACGCCGGAGCCAUUGCCGAAGCCACGAUGCUGGACCGCCAGGACUCCGCCGAUGGAAUUAACGUGUUCGUGAAGCAAAGAGAAGCUGAAUUGACGGAUAGGGAUGGCCCACUCGAUGACCUGAUGCUGUCGCACCGCAUCCAACAACUCGAAAACGAGCUCGAGCACCUGAAGACGGCCCGCGACAACUACGAACUCGCCAUUCGUAACCCUGUCUGGUUCGAGUCCAAGACGACCUACUUCGCCGUGGACUCACAGACGCUCGACCACAUGAACGCCCAGAUCGAGCACGCCGACGACCAUCUCAACUUCCAGAGAGAUGUGUACCACGCGUCCCUCAAGGGCAAUGAGAGGAAGCAUCGGUGGUUCUUGGCAAUCUAUGUGCUGAAGCUGAAGAUCGCCACCGGACCUCGCCAUCUAUCGGUGAGUGCAUCCCCCAUCCUCUCGCUACGCGAUUGAGACUGAUGACUGCCAUAGUACCGUAUCCGGCGCUACUGGGACUGGUCGUUCGAGGAGAUGGAGGCCGAACGCAGAGCGCAGAACCUCACGCCGUUGCGGGAACUUGCGCACGAGCGUGCGGCAAACAUGAACUUUGAGGACGCCGACCUCGAACUGUCGAGCGCAGAAGCAGCUCUCGGAACGUGGCGAAACCACUUUGGAGAUUGCCAGCAAUAG